CCGCUUCUGGUUUGUUUGUUUUAUCUUUUCUCGCUCUUUAAGGAGAGGAAAAAAAGAGAAAAAAUGCAGCAGCAGCAGAAGAGAACGGAGUGGUGAUUUUUUUAUUUUUUUUUAAUUGAUGGAGCCUCUUAUCAUCUGCUACUAUAAUCCAACAACCACCACCCCUUUAUUAUCAGUAUCAAGGCCAAGAAGCUAUAAGAAGCCCCCAUAUAUAAUAAUAAAUAGAAGCUACUCGUAUUUCAACAAUAAGAGGAGAAAGUCUUGUUUUUACAUCUCUUCUUCUGUUUCUUUAAUAAACUCACCUUCAUCUUCGUCUUCGUCUUUAUGGAAAAAAUACUUGAAAUCAAUUGUCAACAGUGGUGGGGGUACUAGUCUCUUGAGUCUAACUUCAAGUGCUGCUGCAAAGGUUCCAUUUGUUGCAACCCUAGCUGCAAAUCCAACAUUUGUUUCUGGUUUCUUUGCUUGGCUCCUUGCUCAAUCUUUCAAAGUUUUCUUGCAUUUUUGCUUUUACAAGAAAUUCGAUUUACGCAUUAUGUGCUCUUCUGGGGGAAUGCCUUCUUCACAUUCAGCUUUAUGCACUGCUUUGACUACUUCCGUUGCUAUUUCUCAUGGACUUGCUGAUUCCUUGUUUCCUGUUUCUUUGGGUUUUUCUUUGAUUGUCAUGUAUGAUGCUAUUGGUGUUCGUCGACAUGCCGGCAUGCAGGCACAGGUUCUUAAUCUGAUAGUUGAGGACUUGUUCCAAGGCCAUCCUAUCAGUAAAAGAAAGCUCAAGGAGCUGCUUGGCCACACCCCAUCACAGGUUGUUGCUGGGGCUGUGCUCGGUAUCUUGGUGGCUUGUUAUUGUUGUCAAGGUUGCUUUGGUGCGACCUGAAUCCUUUCCUUGAGUCUGCAGGCUUGCUUUUUAAAAUAACCUGUUGGCAUUGGAUAUAGUCCUGAUUUUUUGGUGGUUUGAUGAAUUAUGUAUCUGACGAGAAACAAGUUGGUAUUUUUGAUGUAAUCCCAACACAAAUUGUGUGUGAUUUUAUCA